UUGACCGCUAGCUCUAGCUUGAGGCAGGGUGGCUUUGUGUCGGCCGCACUUUCCGGACGGGUCCUGAGACUCAGGGGAAUCCACUUCUCUGAGGGCCCGGGGGAGGAGCAGGGACUCGAUUGCUGAGACGCCGGCUCUAUCCAGGCUUUGGCCUCAACAUGUGCAUAAGGCGGCUCUUCCGGCCCUCACAUCUCCAGUGGGCUUGGAGGGCAGCCUUCCUGAAACACAGCCAGCGCGGGCACCAGGGACCCUGGCGAUGGACACAUUCUGGAGGCGGCCCCUACAGAGCGGUCAUUUUUGACAUGGGCGGAGUUCUCAUUCCUUCUCCAGGGAAAGUGGCUGCAGAAUGGGAGGUACAAAAUCAUAUCCCUUCCGGAACUAUAUUGAAGGCUUUAAUCGCAGGUGGCGAAAAUGGGCCCUGGCUGAAAUUUAUGAGAGGAGAAAUAACGAAAGAGGAUUUCUUACAAGAAUUUAGGAGACUCUGCUCUGAAAUUUCAAAUACCUCUGUGCCUGUGGACAACUUUUUCUCUCUGCUGACCAGUGAGCAAGUGGCGAAGCAGUUCCCAGUGAUGACUGAGGCCAUAACUCAAAUUCGGGCAAAAGGCCUUCAGACUGCAGUCUUGAGCAAUAAUUUUUAUCUUUCCAAUGGCAAAAGCUUUUUGCCCCUGGACCGAAAACAGUUCGAUGUGGUCGUGGAGUCCUGUGUGGAAGGUGUCUGUAAGCCAGACCACAGAAUCUACAAGCUGUGCUUGGAGCGGCUGGGCCUACAGCCUUCGGAAUCCAUCUUUCUUGAUGACCUUGGACAGAAUGUCAAAGCAGCUGCCAGCCUUGGAAUGCGCACCAUUAAGGUUAAUGACCCAGAGGCUGCAGUGAAGGAAUUAGAAACUCUUUUGGGCUUUACCUUGAGAACGGUUAUUCCAAACACCCGUCCCGUGAGAAAGACAAUGGAGAUUCCAAAAGAUUCCUUGGAGAAAUACCUCAGAGACCUCCUGGGGACCCAAACCACAGGCCCAUUGGAACUCCUUCAGUUUGAUCAUGGGCAGUCAAAUCCAACGUACUACAUCAAGCUGGCUGGUCAUCAGCUGGUUCUGAGGAAGAAACCCCCCGGGACCCUCCUUCCAUCUGCCCACGCAGUGGAGCGGGAGCACAGGAUCAUGAGAGCCCUUGCGAGCGCUGGAGUACCCGUCCCCAAAGUUCUGGACCUCUGUGAAGAUUCAAGGGUCAUUGGCACGCCCUUCUACCUGAUGGAGUACUGCCCAGGCCUCAUCUACAAAGACCCCUCUCUGCCAGGCUUGGAGCCCAGCCAGAGGCGGGCCAUAUACGCUGCCAUGAACAGAGUCUUGUGCAAAAUUCACAGUGUGGAUUUCAAGGCUGUGGGCCUAGAAGACUACGGGAAACAUGGGGACUAUAUUCCACGCCAAGUGCAAACCUGGAUUAAGCAGUAUCGAGCCUCAGAGACCAGCACCAUCCCAGCAAUGGAGAGGCUCAUCGAAUGGCUGCCACUCCACCUUCCCAGGCAGGAGAAGAUCACGGUGGUGCACGGGGACUUCCGGCUGGACAACCUGCUGUUCCAUCCAGAAAAGACCGAGGUGCUUGCUGUCUUUGACUGGGAACUUUCUACCUUAGGCGACCCCCUUUCGGACGUGGCCUACAGCUGCAUGGCUCACUACCUGCCGCCCAGUUUUCCCAUACUGCGAGGUCUGCGUGACUGCGAUCUGACUCAGCUGGGCAUCCCUACUGCAGAGGAGUAUUUCAGGAUGUACUGUCUUCACAUGGGGAUCCCUCCCGCUGAGAACUGGAACUUCUACAUGGCUUUCUCCUUUUUCCGAGUGGCCGCGAUCCUGCAGGGAGUCUACAGGCGCUCGCUCACAGGGCAAGCGAGCUCAGCAACUGCUGAACAAAGUGGAAAGAUGACUGAGUUUAUGUCUAACCUGGCCUGGGAGUUUGCAGUCAAAGAAGGAUUCCGGAUUUUCAAAGAGACGCCGGCCACAAAGCCAUUAACGAGGUCCUACCACACGUGGGCUGGUCCACGGUCCCUGCCGAGCACGCCAGGAGCGAGGAGUUAUAUCCCCCUUCCAGAACCUUCCUCAGCUCAUGCCUCAAAGGGAGCUCUGGUUAUCUCUCCAGAGGGCCUUUCCCCACCGGUCAGGGAGCUGUACGAGCGGCUGAAGCAGUUCAUGGACCGGUACGUGUACCCCGCUGAGCCGGAGCUGCGCCGUCACCAGGCCUCCGCUGAGAGAUGGACCCCUUCCCCCCUGGUCGAAGAUCUCAAGGAGAAAGCCAAGGCCAAAGGACUUUGGAACCUUUUCCUACCCUUGGAGACUGAUCCCGAGAGAAAAUACGGGGCAGGACUGACCAACGUCGAGUAUGCGCACCUGUGCGAACUCAUGGGCAUGUCUCUGUACGCUCCCGAGAUAUUUAACUGCUCUGCUCCAGACACGGGGAACAUGGAGCUCCUGGUACGCUACGGCACCGAGGCGCAGAAGGCCCGCUGGCUGACUCCGUUGCUGGAGGGGAAGGCCCGCUCCUGUUUUGCUAUGACUGAGCCCCAGGUUGCCUCAUCAGAUGCCACCAACAUUGAGUCUUCCAUCAGAGAGGAGGAUGGCUUCUAUGUCAUCAACGGUCACAAGUGGUGGAUCUCAGGCAUCCUGGAUCCUCGCUGCCAACUCUGCGUGUUUAUGGGGAAAACAGAUCCGCAUGCCCCACGCCACCAGCAGCAGUCCGUGCUUUUGGUUCCCAUGGAUACCCCGGGCAUAAAAGUCAUUCGGCCUCUGACGGUGUAUGGGCUGGAUGAUGCGCCAGGUGGCCACGGUGAAGUCCUGUUUGAGCAGGUGCGCGUGCCCAAGGAGAGCAUGGUCCUGGGCCCUGGCCGAGGCUUUGAGAUUGCCCAGGGCCGACUGGGUCCCGGCAGGAUCCAUCACUGCAUGCGGCUGAUCGGGCACUCGGAGAGGGCCCUGGCGCUCAUGAAGGCCCGCGUGAAGUCCCGAGUGGCCUUUGGGAAGCCCCUAGUGGAGCAGGGCACGCUCCUGGCAGACAUCGCCCAGUCGCGCGUGGAGAUUGAGCAGGCCAGGCUGCUGGUGCUGAAAGCUGCGCACCUGAUGGAUGUGGUAGGAAAUAAGGCUGCAGCGCUAGAUAUUGCUAUGAUUAAAAUGGUGGCCCCAUCCAUGGCGUACCGCGUGAUUGAUCGCGCUGUUCAGGCCUUCGGAGCAGCGGGGCUGAGCGGCGACUACCCGCUGGCUCAGUUCUUCGCCUGGGCCCGAGCGCUGCGCUUUGCGGAUGGCCCUGACGAGGUGCACCGGGCGGCGGUGGCCAAGAUGGAGUUGAAGAACCGCGUUUAGGCUGCAGGACAGCAGGAGCCAGAACGUCCCUGCCGGCCGAGACACCCAAACACUCAGUGAUGCGUUUUGAAAGGCCUGCUACAUGUGAUUUUUGCACCCUGUCGGCAGCUGCAUCCUGGGACAGUCCCUGCACACACCUUCCUGGGUCCCCACAGAAGGCGUUUCCGUGAGAAGCCCCGGGUCGGGUCGGCCGUGUCCGGCAAGGAGGAAGGGCAUUGGCUGAGAGCUGGGGGUCGGGACAGAGCCUGGGAAGCUGGUCUCCAGUCUCAGGGCUGGGCAGGCAGCCCGUGCGCCCCCUCUCUCUGGCAGUGGUGUGCUGAGGUUGUGGGGAUCUGGGUAAAUAGUAGGAGCCCUGCUGGAUGGUGUACCUGUGCUUGCACCCCGAUACGGCGGGGGGGCUUCCUGCUCUGUGGACCCCCUUCCCUUUGAGCCAAGGGGCAGCCAUGAUGGGCUGCAUCUGAAGACCCAGGCCGAUGGCUGCUGGGAAAAUGAAACCGAAAUCAUGAAGCCACUGCCAUCUGAUUUUCUUCGUUUGAAUAUCCACAACACAGAACACUAAUUAAGAUAGUUUGUAAAGGGGCUUUGGGAACACAAAAGAGUAAGAAAAUACAUCUCAGAGACUUCAUGAAUGUCUGUAUGUAAUACAAAAGGAACUGAGAAUAAAGGUUCAAGGAGACAUGUAAUACUUUGAACAAUAAAGAUAAAAAAGAGAGAGAAAA